ACUAAUUUCCUCAUCUAUAGAGCGAGUAAUGGGGAGCCACGGGAAUAAAACAGGACUCUCUAACUAUCAUAUCCUACUUGUCUUCUUCGCCAUCUCAUUUCCAUUCUCACAUGGCCAAGAAACAGACACUGUCGGCUAUGGAUAUGUAAUUGAAGCCGUCACCGUUAAUUUACCCACCAAGUCUCUGAAAGCUGAACUUACCCUAAUAAAGAAUUCCUCUGUUUAUGGAGCUGAUAUCCAAAAUCUCAAUCUUUUGGCCAGCUUUGAAACCAAGGACCGUCUCAGAAUCAGAGUAACAGAUUCCCAAGCACAAAGAUGGGAGAUCCCUCAAGAAAUCAUUCCCCGCCAAAAUAUCCCACAUGACACUUUCAAGCCAAAAAGCUACAUCGACGGAGACAGAGACGAUUCUCCGGUGAACCACCGAGCCCUUCUUGAAAACCAAAUCCUCUCCAGCCCCACCUCUGACCUCGUUUUCACCGUUCACAACACAACCCCCUUUGGCUUCUCAGUAUCCCGCAAAUCCAAUGGUGAUGUCCUCUUUGACGCGUCGCCGGACACAACGAACUCCGGCACUUUCCUGGUUUUCAAGGAUCAGUAUAUCCAGCUCUCCUCCUCACUUCCUGUGGAUAAGUCUUCCCUUUAUGGCCUUGGAGAGCACACAAAGAGCACUCUCAAGUUGCAGGCAAAUGAGACGUUGACUUUGUGGAACGCAGACCUGGCAAGCGCGAAUCUAAACGUGAAUCUUUAUGGGUCUCACCCAUUUUACAUUGACGUCCGAUCAGCGUCCGCCGAGGGCAGAGUACCGGCAGGGAUUAGUCACGGUGUUUUGCUGUUGAAUAGUAAUGGGAUGGACAUAAUCUACGGCGGUGACAGAAUAACUUAUAAAGUAAUUGGUGGUGUUAUUGACUUGUAUAUUUUCGCUGGACCAUCGCCGGAUAUGGUGAUACAACAGUACACAGAGCUUAUUGGCCGGCCUGCAACUAUGCCGUACUGGUCCUUUGGAUUUCAUCAAUGUCGAUAUGGCUACAAGAAUGUUUCUGAUCUUGAAGGCGUGGUUGCUGGCUAUGCAAAUGCUAGUAUCCCUCUUGAAGUUAUGUGGACAGAUAUUGAUUACAUGGACGGUUACAAGGAUUUCACUCUCGAUCCCAUCAACUUUCCUGCAGAUCUAAUGAAAAAAUUUGUCGACCAACUUCAUAGAAAUGGUAAAAAAUACGUUGUUAUUCUGGAUCCAGGUAUUAGUGUUAAUGAUUCCUAUGGAACCUAUAAUAGGGGGAUUCAAGCUGAUGUGUUUAUUAAACGUGAUGGUGUUCCUUACUUGGGACAAGUUUGGCCUGGACCUGUCUACUUCCCUGAUUUUUUAAAACCAGACACCACAACUUUCUGGAGGGAUGAGAUCAAACAGUUUCGAGAUAUCCUUCCUUUUGAUGGACUUUGGAUCGACAUGAAUGAGAUAUCCAAUUUCAUAACUUCCCCUUCAACACCAUUCUCCACCCUUGAUAAUCCCCCUUACAAGAUUAACAAUGCAGGAAUCCAACGACCAAUCAAUAAUAAGACAACACCAGCAACAUGCUUGCAUUUUUCUAACAUUACAGAAUACGAUGUCCAUAACUUGUAUGGACUGCUAGAAGCUAGAGCAACCCAUGAAGCCUUGACAGAUGUGACUAGUAAAAGGCCAUUUGUACUUUCUAGAUCUACUUUUGUAAGUUCUGGCAAGUAUACUGCUCACUGGACUGGAGACAUUGCCUCCACCUGGGAUGAUUUGGCCAACACCAUUCCUACCAUGUUGAAUUUCGGACUCUUCGGAAUACCAAUGGUUGGUGCCGAUAUAUGUGGAUUUUCUGGCAACACAACCGAAGAACUUUGCAGGCGUUGGAUUCAGCUUGGGGCCUUUUAUCCCUUUGCGCGAGAUCACUCGGAAAAAAACAGUAUUCGGCAAGAGCUCUAUCUCUGGGAUUCAGUUGCUUCAACAGCCAGGAAGGUGCUAGGACUCCGAUAUCGACUGCUUCCGCUUUUUUACACAUUACUAUAUGAGGCACACACCAAGGGAACACCCAUAGCAAGGCCUCUUUUCUUUUCAUUUCCUGAAGACGUCAACACUUACGAAAUCAAUUUCCAGUUUCUAAUUGGUAGUGGUGUACUGGUCUCACCGGUAGUAAUGUCAGGAGCAGUGUCAGUUGAUGCAUACUUCCCUGAAGGAAAUUGGUUUAGCCUGUUUAAUUACUCUGAUUCAAUCAGGGUAAGCUCAGGUAAGUAUGUCACACUUGACGCACCACCUGAUCAUAUAAAUGUGCAUGUCAAGGAAGGCAACAUUUUGGCAAUGCAAGGGGAAGCAAUGACAACAAAAGCUGCUCGAAUGACACCAUUUGAACUCCUGGUGGUUGUGACCAGCAAUGGAAAUAGUUCUGGAGAACUAUUUUUGGACGAUGGGGAGGAACUAGAUAUGGGAGGAUCAGAAGGGAGGUGGGCUUUCCUUAGAUUUCAUGGUGGACGGCAGAGGAAUAAUACUAUAUUUGUUGCAUCAGAAAUUUUGAAUGGAGGAUUGGAUUUGAGUCAGAAAUGGAUAGUGGAUAAGGUGAGUUUCAUAGGGUUGGAGAAGGCUGAGAGAUUGAAGGCACGUGAGCUAAGGAUCACAAAGGGUUCAAUGAUGAAUGGCAAACCUGUUGUAAAGGCUCGUUUGGACAGCGAUUCACAGUUUAUCAUCAUUGAAAUUUCAGGACUAUCACUUCUUAUUGGAGAAGCCUUUAACCUGGAACUAGACCUAACGGUGAAAAACUCUUAAAAGGAACAUAUGGCUUUGAAUAACGCAAUAACCCAAUUGGGCAAAUUCUGUUUUCCUAUUGGGAUGGUAAAGGUAGCUACUUGCAACGAGCAUUCUACACAUAUCAUGUACAAUUUUUUAAGCAAAAAUUAUUCGAAGUUCAGCUUCUCUAGAAUAUAAUAAUUAACGAUAAAAUAACAUUAUUAUGCCAUAUAUUGUAUGGCUAAGUGCUCAUAA